AUGGACACCACAUUACGUGAAGCCCUCCAAGAGUCCAUGGGUAGCAUCAGUCACUCAAUCGCCGUGACCGCCGCCCUCGGGCUGCUCAUGAUUCUGGGUCUUGUUACAUUCAGAUCUGUCAUGUCGGAGAUAGUCCUCCCUGGCAUCCCCCAAUUCAAAGGCGUUCCCAUUCUUGGUGCUAUGCCUAUCUACUUCAAGCAUGGAAUGCCUCAGCUUCUCGGGAGUCUCAUUGCAAUUGGCGAGGAUGGAAUUUCGUAUGCCAACGUUGUUAACAAUGUUCUGGUUUCAGUUCACGAUCCGGCCAUGGUCAAAGAAGUCCUAUCAUAUCCUGAAGAAAUAGCUUCUAGGGAAGGUGACAUCGGACGGAUGAGCUGGUCACCAUUUUGGACUCUAAGACGCCUUAUAGGCGAGUCUCUUUUCAACUAUGUCGGCCCCGAUACUAGCCACCAUCGCAAUGUCUUCAUCCGUGAAUUUAACAGCACCAAGUCCAAUGCUGAGAAGUUCAGCACCAUUUCUCAAAUUGCUCAAGAACACGCCAAUAUGCUAACAGGUCAAGCCAAGGUUGCCGAGGUGGACAAUAUUAGAUACUCAGCAGAUAACUUCGCUAUUGCUCUUUGGGGAGAGACUCUCUACGGCAACCCUCACCAUUACAUUGGCGGCCGAGUCUUGGACUUGUCUGAAACCAUCAUCACUUUAGCCGGUAAUCCUUGGCCUUCGGUUUGGUAUUCUAUUCAGCUAUUCUUCAAAAUGGUGACUCCAGGCGAGCCCACUCGGACAGAAGCCAAGCUGCGUGAGAAGGUAGCCAAGGUUAUUGAAGCAAAUUUUGAGAAACUGGAGGCGUACGAGAAAGCCAACCCAGAUGCUCCUUUAAAAACGAUCCGUAAUUUGUCUGUCAUGACCGGUGGUGGUAGAACCGGGCCUCUUUCCAAAUUUGCUGCGGAAUUUACCAAUCUCAAUCUGUUUGGAGGUCAUCACAGUAUCGGUCUGAAUGUUACUUGGUCGUUGAUCGAGCUUGACAACAACCCUGAAUGCCUGAAAAAGCUCAUGGCCGAAAUCGACUCGGUUGACACAAACGAUUUCACCAGCGUCAACUCCAAGAUGCCUUACCUUGAUGCCAUUAUUAUGGAGAUUAACCGAUUGCAUCCCACUGUCCACGCCACUCUUCGAGUGAUCAACCGCGAAACAAAGCUCACCGCCAGCAAGAAGCCUGUUGUGUUAAAGCCAGGCAUGCUGAUAUAUCUUUCCUACCUUCACCUUCACACUUCGCCAGAAUUCUGGGGUCCUGACUCUUAUAAAUUUAUGCCGGAGCGCUUCCUCGGUAAUUAUGAUAAGAGCAAACCGUUCAUGUCAUUUGGAUAUGGACCGCGUAACUGCGUUGGGUACAAAUUCGCCACCCUGGCCGCCAAAGUGUAUCUUCUUACUCUUCUCAAGACGUAUGACUUGCAAGUUAAGGAACAUGAUCAUGAGAUGAAGCUUGGUACAUUACUUGAGACUACCAAACCAGUUGCUGUGAAGGUCUCUCACAGGUUUUAA